CCCCACCUACAGGGUUGCGGAAGAAGGAAGAUACGUUCCUGACUUCUCAAGUUGGAGCAAGAUUUAUUUCCCAUAAAAAACCUUUUUAAUAGUAAGUGGUUAGCUAAAAAACAAUAUUCUAACAUGUUUCAAGUAUAUUAUAGGAUAAAUAGGUGUUUUGGGACUGGCCUAGGGCUGUGAUUGCCUCUAAUCUUAUAUCUCUUAUAAGAAUAUGUAUUUGGGACUUCCUUGGUGGCGCAGUGGUUAAGAAUCCGCCUGCCAAUGCGUGGGACACAGGUUUGAGCCCUGGUCCGGGAAGAUCCCACAUACCACGGAGCAACUAAGCCUGUGCGCCACAACUACUGAGACCGUGUGCCACAACUACGGAAGCCGAUGCACCUAGAGCCCAUGCUCUGCAACAAGAGAAGCCACCGUGAUGAGAAGCCCGCACACCGCGACGAAGAGUAGCCCCCGCUCGCCGCAACUAGAGAAAGCCCGUGCGCAGCAACAAAGACCCAGCGCAGCCAAAAAUAAUUAACUUUUUUUAAAAGGCUGCCCGCGGAGCCUGACUCAAAUUGAAUAGACCAGAACUUACUGGUCGCGGGAUCUGACCCACUGCGCAAUCACAGGACAGGACAGACCAUGAAGCUGAAGGAACUUGAGCGGCCAGCCGUACAAGUGUGGAGCCCAGCUAGCCAGUACCCUGUGUAUCUGGCCACAGGAACAUCUGCCCAGCAGCUAGAUGCCUCCUUUAGUACAGAUGGCACAUUGGAAAUCUUUGAGGUUGAUUUCAGGGACCCCUCUCUGGACUUGAAACGCAAGGGAGUCCUGUCUGCCUCCAGCAGGUUUCACAAGCUGAUCUGGGGGAGCUUUGGCAACGGGGUUCUGGAAGGCUCCGGGGUUAUUGCAGGCGGCGGGGACGAUGGCAUGCUUACUCUAUACAAUGUGACCCACAUCCUGUCUUCGGGAAAGGAGCCUGUGAUUACCCAGAUACAGAAGCACACGGGGGCUGUCAGAGCCCUUGACUUUAAUCCUUUCCAGGGCAACCUCCUGGCCUCAGGGGCCAAUGAUUCUGAAAUCUUCAUUUGGGAUUUGAAUAACCUGAGUGUGCCAAUGACCCCAGGAUCCAAGUCACAGCAGCCCCCAGAAGACAUCAAGGCACUCUCUUGGAACCGUCAAGUUCAACACAUUCUGUCUUCUGCUCACCCCAGCGGCAAGGCAGUCGUGUGGGAUCUCAGGAAGAAUGAACCUAUCAUCAAAGUCAGUGAUCACAGCAACAGGAUGCACUGCUCAGGCCUGGCCUGGCACCCAGACAUAGCCACCCAGUUGGUGCUAUGUUCAGAAGAUGAUCGUCUUCCAGUAAUUCAUCUGUGGGACUUGCGCUUUGCCUCCUCACCCCUGAAGGUGCUGGAGAGUCACAGCAGGGGGAUCCUGUCAGUGUCAUGGAGUCAGGCUGACGCUGAGCUACUGCUCAGUAGUGCCAAGGACAACCAGAUCUUGUGCUGGAACCUGGGGAGCAGUGAGGUGGUGUAUAAGCUACCCACACUGAGCAGCUGGUGCUUUGACGUGCAGUGGUGCCCUCGGGACCCUCCAGUGUUCUCUGCUGCCUCCUUCGACGGCUGGAUCAGUUUAUACUCUGUGAUGGGUAGGAGCUGGGAAGUCCAGCAGAUGAGACAGGCUGACAAGAUCUCUUCUUCCUUUAGCAAAGUCCAGCAUCUCCCACCGUUGCAGGUGCCAGAGCAAGUGGCCCAAGCAUCAUUGAUACCUCCCCUGAAAAAACCCCCCAAAUGGAUGAGAAAGCCAGCAGGUGUUUCAUUUGCUUUUGGGGGGAAGCUGGUUACCUUUGGCCUCCCCAGCACCCCUGCCCAUCAGGUGCCACAGCCUUGCCUCCGCCUAGUCUUCAUCAGUCAGGUCACCACAGAACCUGAAUUCCUCAUGCGGUCAGCUGAGCUGCAGGAGGGCCUGGGAUCAGGAAAUCUCCUGAAUUACUGUCAGAACAAGAUCCAGCAAGCAUCACCGCAAAGCGAAAAGAUGCUCUGGCAGUUCCUGAAGGUGACCUUAGAGAAGGACUCCAGAAUGAAAUUCCUAAAACUAUUAGGAUACAAUAAAGAUGAACUUCAGAAGAAGGUGGCCACAUGGUUGAAGAGUGAUUUGGGGCUGGGUGAGAGCCCUCAGCCCAAGGGAGUUGACCUCAACAGUAACAGACAACAGGCCUUUUGCAUCCAGACCUCCAAACAUACCACCAAGGAAGCCUCUGCCUGCUCAACCUUCUUUGAUGAGCUGGUCCCUCAGGACAUGACUCCGUGGGAGAUCCCCAUCACAGAAGACACAGACGGACUCCUGAGCCAGGCUCUCCUACUUGGAGAACUGGGCCCCGCUGUGGAGCUGUGUCUGAAGGAAGAGUGCUUUGCUGAUGCCAUCAUCCUGGCCCAGGCUGGGGGCGCAGAUCUGCUGAAGCAAACACAGGAGCACUACUUGGCCAAGAAGAAGACCAGAAUUGCCCCGCUGCUAGCCUGUGUUAUACAGAAGAAUUGGAAAGAUAUGGUGUGUGCCUGUAGCCUGAAGAACUGGAGAGAGGCUCUGGCCUUGCUACUGACAUACUCAGGGCCAGAGAAAUUCCCCGAGCUCUGUGACAUGCUGGGAACUCGCAUGGAGCAGGAGGGUGGCAGGGCACUAACCUCUGAAGCCAGACUCUGUUACGUGUGCUCAGGAAGUGUGGAGCGGCUGGUGGAGUGCUGGGAAAAAUGCCCCCGGGCUUCAUCCCCCAUGGCUCUACAGGACCUGAUGGAGAAGGUGAUGGUCCUUAACAAGAGCUUGAAGCUACUGCGGGGUCCUGAUGGGGUGAGCCCAGGCCCUGCCACAACCUACAGAAUCGCUCAGUAUGCCAACCUCCUGGCAGCCCAGGGCAGCCUGGUCACUGCCAUGAGCUACCUACCCAGUGACUGUACUCAGCCACCAAUUCAGCAGCUGAGAGAUCGGCUUUUUCAUGCCCAGGGUUCUGGUGUCUUGGGCCAGCAGUCUCCCCCUUUCCCCUUUCCCCGGGUUAUUGUGGGAGCUGCUCCCCACUCUCAAGAGACAUCAUCUCCCAGACUGGGAUUCCAGUCUUCUCACCAGGUUCCAGCUCCAUCUCCAAGGCCAAGGAUUUUUACACCUCCGUCAUCACUUGUGAUGCCCUUGACACCUUCCCGUCCUAGUCCUUAUCAGGGCUCCAGAAUGCAGAAUACAAGUGACUACAGGCCAUCUGGAUUCCAGGAAGCCCAGUCUUUGCCUGUGGUCCCUGGGGUAAGGCCUGCUUUAUCUCAGCCGCAGCUAUCAGGAGGGCAAAGGGUGCAAGCUCCUAACCCCGUGGGAUUCCCUGGAACAUGGCCUCUUCCUGGUCCACCCACGGCACCCCCAGACAUUAUGCAGGCUGGUUCUGCCUCCCUGCCUGAGACUCCUCGACGGCUCCCUCUGCUUCCUGUGAGAGCACCAGGCUUCAACCCUAUGAGCUCCCAGCCGCCAGCCCCUCCUGUCACCUUCUCUGCAGCACACCCUCCAGGAGGGCCAGGUGCUCCAUGCGCCGAUGCCUUCCCGACCACUGGCAUCUUGACUCCUCAACCAGGACCUCAAGAUUCCUUGGAAAAUGCUCCAGUGCCCAGGGGAAACCUCCAGAGGAAAGAGUUGCCAGAGACAUUUAUGCCCCCAGCACCAAUUACUGCUCCAGUUAUGUGCCUCACCCCUGAGCCACGAGGGGUCCUUUCCUCACAGCCUGCUGUCCCCAGUGUGAGUCAUGCUCCCCCUGGAGCCCCAGGAGAACUUAGCCUGUAGGUGACAGGAAUGAUGUGUUUCCCUCCUCUUGGAAACCUUCUUUUCUUGGGUAUAGAAAAGCAGGGAGCACGGUAGAUGGCUUCAUUCCUCAAGUUGGAGGCAGACUCUGGGCUGAAGGAGAUGGGGUGGGGGGCAGAUACCAAGUGUCCCUACUGCAGACAAGGGAGGAUGCCCCUCCUCAGCUCUGCUCUGCUCUAGUGGGAACAGUGUGACCCCCAAGUCACUGAGGCCUAGUCCUGAGGGGAGCCGUGAGCAGGACAGCUUGCCUCUCUCUCCUGUGUCCCUGCUCCCUCCUCAGCAACUGCAGCGGCCACCUGAGAAGAUGGACAGGAAGGAGCUGCCCCCUGAACAUCAGUCCUUGAAGAUCAGCCUUGAGGCGCUUCUGCAGCGCUGCUCCCUGUCUGCCACUGACGUAAAGACAAAACGGAAGCUGGAUGAAGCAGCCCAA